AUGCUCCUCGAAAGCAGCUCUCACCCUCUUGGUGCCAUCUUGUCCAGCUCUGUCUUUUUCUCCGUUGUCCUCUUCCAUAGUCUUCUCAUUGGUGUUACCUUAUUCCUUGCUUCUAAGCAUUCUGGUCUAUAUACAUCGGGGAGACAUGGAACUCAUCACCAUAGAUACAAUGCCUGGCAGUUGCUUCUCAAGUUACCUCUUGUGUGCCGAAUCCUGCGCUUGUCCCCGACAGUCACGAUCUCCUGCACAGAUCAUCACAUGUGUCGACCAUACUCUCAACGAUCUUCCCAAGAGGCGGGAACCAGCUCUGUUCGGCCAACUGCUUUUGGUCAUGGUACAACACACCCUAUCAGUAAGGGGAAGGGCGAUGAGGAUCCAUCUGAGUCUGCUGCAAAUGCUCAUGCCCAAGAUUCACCAUCAUCAAAUACCUUCCUAGCCUGCCCUUAUUACAAAAUGGACCCUGCCAGAUAUUCAAGGUGCUACAGAAAAGACGAACUCCACCGGUUUGCCGACGUUAAACAGCAUCUCAUUCGUGCUCACAUUCUACGUAAAAAUCAUUGCACUCGUUGUUGGGCCGAGUUUGACGAUUUCGAAUCCUAUCGUAGUCACACAAGCAGGAGCAACUGCCAGGAAGAACCAGGACCUGAACCUUUACUUCCGAUGGAAGUUGAGAGGCUACGUGAGGAUACGAUGGGGGGCUCUAAGGUGCAAAAAUGGUACUGGCUAUGGGACAACUUUUUUAGGGGUCAUGAGCCACCCCCGUCACCUUUUUUGGACCAAGAGGACGAGGUUGCCCAACGCUACAUAUCGAUAGGUGACAGCAUCGAGCAUUCAAUCACAGACAGGCUAUCAUCUUGGUUGUCACCCGACCAGCACCGGCAAAUGCAUAGAACUGUCUUGAGCGAUAUCUUGACUGGUCUGGGCUUUUCACCAAAGCGAUACAGACGCUUCCCAAAUUACUACAACGGGCAGUUACCAUCGACCAAUACUCCUCCCUCUUAUGAGUUACCAUUGCAUUCAACCGCGAUUGAUGUCUUGCCAUCCUUCAGACCCUCCCCGAUCGAUGAGGUCCGACACGCCUGUCAAUGGUCUUUUCCACCCGACCGGAUGGGAGCGGCGGGUGUAUUCAGAUCGGGAUCACCUGAAUCCACGCCUCCGACUACUGUGGAAGAGCCCAUCACACCUGAGAGCACAGACUACUAUGCGUCAAGUGAUGACGAGGGAUCACAAUCUAGUACAGCGACCGAGAACGAUGACUCACCUGCCAGCUCUCCACAAGAUUAUCGCCUUGCCUCGCUCCUUCGAGAACAAAAUAUGGAGAGCUUGAUUAUGAGGACUGUGGGUGAUUUGGUACUUCGUUGGGUGAGACAGUGCUCUCCCGAUCAUAACGCUAGUCAGAGCACCCAGAGCCCUUCCUGGAAUAGUAAUGCUGCAGAUACUGGGCAACCUACUGAAAGGUCCGGACCAAGCCAAAUUGGCCGAAAGCGAGGAUUGGGCGGGAAUGGGGAAGGGGAAGAUGGUGACCGAAACAAACGGCAAAAGUCCAUCAAUGACGAUGUUGCAGAAGACGGUCCAGGGCGUCUGUUUGCCUGCCUCUUUCGCCAGCAAUACCCCGAAAGAGCGUGGCCAAAAUGCGAAAAGGGUUGGCCAUCCCCUCGUCGAGUCAAGUAUUCCCGAUCCAAUCAGACCGGUUUUCAAGUUUCCGAGGCGAUGCUAAUAGUUGAUACUAGGGAUCACGUCUAUAAGGAGCACAAACUCGCUCUUCAUUGUGAUAGAUGCUACGCUGAGUUCGAGACGGAGACCGAGUUAACUGAACAUCGCCGAACCGAUCCGCCAUGUCCUCUUACGGAACACACGGCAGACGGGCUUAAGCUUGGCUACACAGACGCCAUGAUGAUCCAGUUGAAGUCAAGGCGAGGUGUACAGAAGCUAACACAAGAAGAACGAUGGCAGAGGAUGCACCGAAUUCUAUUUCCCAGUGCUCGGGAGAUGCCUUCAUGUUACUACAAGACAGCAGUUCACAUGCAUCCUGUUUUCCAGGAGCAAAUUAAUGGUGUGAUCCAGCAGAUCACUCAAAGCCUUGUGAACAAUCCCGAGCUACGGGCUCAUCCCCAGCUUUCAGAAGAGAGAGUAUCAAAUGUAGUUCACCAAGCAGUCUGGCAUUUCCUGGGUUCAGUGUUACCCAAUAUUGCUCCACAGCAGGUGGGGAAAGGGAAAGACGCCUACAGGCCAAGUGCGGCGCCCGGAAGCCCUUUAUCUAUGUCUCAGCAUCGCAGCAUCCAGACUCUAGAUGCACAGCCUUCUAGAGACAACACAAUAGACCCCCAGACAUCGGUCACUCACGAUCGUAACCUUAUUUCUUCUGAAUGCAAUGUUUCUCGGUCAAUCUACUCCUAUAAUCAUGGCAACAGUUUCGAGGGUUUCCAAUCCCAAGGCGAUGGUUCAGCUCCCGCUCCCACCCUAUCAUUAGAGGAUUUCAACUUACCCCUACUUGAUCCCAAAGAUUUCGAUUUGGAGUCGUUCGUGAACGCAUCCUUCAACUUUUAA